AUGCCCUGCUUCAAGGGCAUUGCGGUCAGCAUCCAUGCGAACGGUGCCCCGCUACCAGAGUACGGCAUCCAGAGGCAAUCGAGGCUCUCCCGCAUCAGCAACUACAUUCCCGUGCCCCAGCCGAGCCUGAAUGGCGAUUCGAAAAAGCCCGAGCCGGCCAAGUUUGCCAUAUCCAUAACGCUGCUGACGCCCGGCCUUCCGAUCCCCUACUCGGCGCCCAAGCCGACGGACAGCAAUCCGUACCCGAAGCCGCAGUUUGUCGGCAGCCUGCACCCCGGCUCCAGCAAUGAGCGGGGAAGGCUCUCCGGCAUCGUCAACCCGUACAUACCCAUGACGAAUUCGGAGAACGAGACGAUCGCGGCCUACAUCUACUUCGACGGCCGCGGCAAGGAAGAGGUCGCCACGCUGCUUCGGCCCGGCGAGGAGACGUGGGUCAACAGCCGAUGGGUUCAGGUGCCCGAUUCCGAGGGUGGCGGCUUGGCCGAGCGCGAGUUCCUCUUCCGAGAGGUCGGUCUCGAAUGUUGGCUGAACGGCCUCGACCUCAAGGGUCACGAUGCGGCCGAGAAACUCGAGAGGCGGCGGCAGAAGUUUGAGAGGCGCCAACGUCGACAGAACAUGACGCUCGACGGCAACGCCGGCGGCACCGAGGCGGAAAAGCGCGCGGCCGGCCGCAGGGACACGCUGCGGUACGGAGCCGACGAUGCGUCCCCGAUCGAAGCCGUCAUCGACUCCGACUCCUGGUCCGACGACGACGAUGAACCGCCCGAGGCCACGGGCCAGAUCAAGGUUGCCAUGUUUCGCGUCCUGGCAUCGGGCGAGAUCAAGAAGGGAGAGUACUCUCCGCAGUUUGACGCCCACGACGGCGACGAGGAGUCCGCCGGCACCAAGGACAACGGUGUCAAUGCCGACGUGGAGCAUACUACGAGCUUUGCGAAGCCCAAGACGCUCGAUCCGAAGACUAUCAGUACUCAGACGGUGACGGGCAUCGACGGGCCCGACAAGCCGUACGCCGUCUUCACCUUCUUCUAUCGGGGCGACAAACAGCUGCAAAAGAUUGGCGUCAUGCAGUCUGCCCCCAAGACGCCACAGGCCACGCCAGGAUCCGUCAAGCGCCGCUCGGCACAGCUGGAUUUUUCCCACAUUGGUCCUUUGAAAGCGGGCGGCACCGUCGGCUUCACCGCCUUCCGAGACCAAGACUCCGACGCCGUGCGACGACGAAAGUCUCGCAAGAAGAGCAACGGCAUCAUCGCCGACGACAGCGACGAGGAUGACGAGGAUGACAAGGAGGCUGUCGACAAGGUCGAGGACAUGGACGACAACGAGGACAACGGGAAGCAAGCGCCAGAGGACGCCAGUUUCGGCGGAGAGCUGGCAGAUGGUGUCAAUCGCAUUCGGCUCAAACGUGCCCAUUCGACCGAGCUCGACGUCCAGUCGACCUCAAGAACAACCGAGGCGGCGCCUGCGGAAGAUGCCCCGACCUUGCCGGCCAGCCUGUUUGAUCCUGCUGCGGCUGCCGACAAGGGCCUCGGCGGCACCACAGACAUUCCGCCCGAAUCCAUCGUCGGAAGCCCUCUGAAGAAGGCACGGCCUAGCGUUGACCUGUCUAGCGCCUUGGAGAAACACUCGGCGAUUCAGAGCCUCACUGCUGCACUGGACGAUGCAGUCACGAAGGCCCCCCUCCCUCCCGCCGAUUCCGGACCGAUACCGAAGAAGUCGGAAGAGGAAGAGUUGUAG